UGGGACCGAGGAGGCGGGGUGGCCACAAUUUCGCGCCAAGUUUAGCUGGGAGUUCUGGUGUCGCGAGCGAGCUCAGGGGGUUUUACUGCCGCCCUCAUGGUUCGUCUGCUAAACUGCAUCGCUGCUGUGUCCCAGAACAUGGGGAUCGGCAAGAACGGAGACUUGCCCUGGCCCCCGCUCAGGAAUGAAUUCAAGCAUUUCCAAAGAAUGACCACAACCUCUUCAGCAGAAGGUAAGCAGAAUUUGGUGAUUAUGGGUAGGAAGACCUGGUUCUCCAUUCCUGAGAAGAAUCGACCUUUAAAGAACAGGAUUAAUUUAGUUCUCAGUAAAGAACUCAAGGAACCUCCACAAGGAGCUCACUUUCUUGCCAAAAGUCUGGGUGAUGCCUUAAAACUUAUUGAGCAACCAGAAUUAACAAAUAAAGUGGACAUGAUUUGGAUAGUGGGAGGCAGUGCUGUUUAUAAGGAAGCCAUGAACAAGCCAGGCCAUGUUAGACUAUUUGUGACAAGGAUCAUGCAAGAAUUUGAAAGUGACGCAUUUUUUCCAGAAAUUGAUUUGGAGAAAUAUAAACUUCUCCCAGAAUACCCGGGUAUUCCUUCUGAUGUCCAGGAGGAGAAAGGCAUUAAGUACAAAUUUGAAGUAUAUGAAAAAAAAGAAUGAUUAACAUAAAGGUGUUUUCUGCUUUAUUUCAGCUACCAAUUUUGAGAUACUUGGAAGGAGAAAAGGAGUAAAAGGAAAAGAAACAAAACAACGGAAUCAUGCCUUCAAAAUUCUGAGAAGAAAGUUAUUUUCAACUGAUAAAUGUAUACUCAACCAAUAAUCAAGGACAAUUGAGAUCGGGGGAGAGG